AUGGGGUACCCGGUGGGGUACGCGAUAGUGGACGCGGGGUCCGCCGGGUGCAUGGGCGGGGCCAACCCGAUCGCCCACCUCCAGCAGCAGGUCCUCGCGACCAUCGAAUCCGACGAGAUCAAGUACGACGAGAACGUGGAGAUCAUUUUCACCUACGCGAACAAAACGAAGGGCAAGAGCCUGGGCGCGGCUGGAGUGCCUCACCCUCUGGCUAUGAAGGCGCGGGGAGACUGCCUGUGGUUCGCCCUGGUGCCGACCGCGAGCCCGACGCUCCUGGGCUUGGACUGCUUGAAGGCCGCGGAGGCUGACGUCACGCACGACGGUUUCCUGGUGCGCAGCGACGGCCACCGCGAGAAGCUGAUGGCUCUACCGAUUGGCCGCUGGGGCCUACCCCUGCUCUGGCGACAGCUACGGCGCGAGCUGCAGGUGGAGUUUCCCGACCGUGCGACGAUUCUAACCUUUGCUGCAACACCUUCUACGACCUUCCCGAACAACACCGAUGCCACCGCGCUAUCUUUAUGCACAAUUCCCGUCAACGAGCUGUUUAGGGACAAGGAGUUCACGGGGGAUCUCAACGAGGACCUCUGCAAGGCUGGGGAUAUUCAGGGGGGCCUCGACAAGGAUCUCGACUGGGCUCGGGAGUUCAAGGGGGCUCCCAACGUGAACCUCGACCCGGCCCUCAAGCCCAAGAGGAGGUGCCCGCUCGAGACCUCCAUCCAGGCUCUGGCGCCCUGCGAGGCAUGCCUCGACGAUCCGAUCUGGUUGGCCAUCGAGUCUAGCGCCGAGGAGGGCUGCCCCCUCUCAACGCCGCCGCCUGCAGCUGCCUCAUUCGGGCCAGUUGGGCCGGCCUCGGCACCGUCAGCAGCGACUCCGGGGACUGCCCGGGAGUACUUCGCGAGCGCCUGCGAGCAGAGCGUGGGGCAGCCCGCCUAUGCGAAUAAGAGGGUCGACUUCUCGCAGCUGGGCCCAGACUGGGAGAUCGCGGAUCCGACGGCGGCGGAGGUCUACAACCGGUGGAAGGCCCAGGGCCGAGUGGGAUGCGUUGGCCCUUCGAAACCGAUGGCAGCCACCUCCCGCGCGGCCGCGGACACCUCGGCGACUCCGGCGACGGCGGAUGCGACCAGCUCCAGCAAGGAGAUGAAGGGGGGCAUCCAGUGCAUCGGCGACUCGCUGUCCGCCAGCUUCGCCACUCUUCGCGACCUGGCUGCCAUGGACGUGCUCUCCCUUGGCGUGCAGGGCGUCUACGGCAUCAUGAAGGAGGUCAUCGCGAACGGCGGCCUGGUCUACGGGGGCAACCGAGUGACGGGAUUUGACUUGGCCACGGAGGCGGGGUACCAGAGGCCCCGAUUCGCCGACUACGAGAGCUCUGGUGCACGCGGUCAGCAGGCCAAGGUGACGGAUGCCUGCUCGCCAACUCUCAUCCAGUGGGUGACCAGAUGGCUCGCUCCGAACUCCGAGGCCGGGGAAGUUCCUGGCCCGGGGGGGUCACUGCUGCUGGGGCGCCGUGCUUUCGCAGCGGAGUUCAUUGAGAUACCCGAGGUGGGCAAACAGCAGGUGGGGGGCGCUGCGCGGGCUCUCCGGGAGCUCCACAGCCAGUGGGGGCAUCCUGCAGCGGGGGCCCUCCAGGCUCUUCUACAUCAGCGGGUGCCACCGUGGUGGGUGCUGCGACUCGCCGGGAAGCUCGGGUGCAGUGCGUGUGAUCGAUGCCAGAAGCGACAGGCCAGGCCGAUCGCCGCAGGAAAGUUGGCCGAGCCCAUGGAAGUGAUCCAGAUCGACGGCUUUGGCUGGGCCCACCCUGUGGCGGGAGUCGGGGUGCGGAGCUCUCCGAUGACGGGCGAGGGCAAUGGCGAGGCUCUCGCCAAUGUGCGCAGCGUGAUCCCCUCUGGCGGCAACGCGGGGAACGCUGCCGCCGAUGAGACGUGGGGUGUUAUCGCGAACGACAGGUGCCGACACUUCGGCGAGCCGAUUCAGAUCCGCUCGGGCCGCGAGGGCAACUGCGGGCCCCGCGAUCUCCAGGAUCGCGCUACCAACGCGAGCACCGCAUGGGAUCCCGAGCCUGCCGGGGCUCGCUGGGCGACCCGACGCGUCGAGGCCGCCGUCGGCAUCGUCGAGGAGGCGGGCGGCUGCGCGAAUAGCCUACCUGGAUCCGACCUGUCCUGCCAAGGAGAUCUUGAACUGGGCUACGCAAGGGCUACGAAAGCUCACAGCGAGAUGCUCAAUCGCAAUGGGGUGGGCCCUGAUGCGAUCCUCGGGGGGCGGGCCAUCCGCCCUCUUGGCAGCGCGCUGCGCGGCGCGGCCCGCCAACUGGAGGCUAAGUCCCGCAGCGGAUCACCAGCCGAGGCGAGCGUGCGUCGGCGCGCGCAGGCUGGACCGUCCAAGGGGCCCAGGGCGACGAGAAGCUUCGACUGGCCAGACGUGCUCGGGGCCGUGCUCGCAGGAGUCUUCGAGCGUGGCGAGGUGGUCUUCGCGUGGAGGGGGCCUGGAGCCGAAUGCCGGGCUAGGGCCCAUGGGCUGCAAGGGUGCAUCGGCCCAGCCGUGUUUCUCUCCCACCUCCGCGACCCUGAAGACGGGCGACAUUGCGAAUUCGUGCUGCUGGUCUACCGCGGCCGCGCGUUGACUGCCACCCCUCAGCAACAGAGGGCGGCCUCGGAGGCAGAGGCGACCUUCCGCGAGAUGGGCGUAGAUGCCGCGCGCUGUCCAUCGAGUCCGAGUCUGUGGCCGACCAGCUGCGCGCCAUCCAGGACCUGCGAGGGUCGGGGCCACCGCCAGGGGCAGAUCCCAGCGUGCUGGCCGAGUGCGAGCCGCCACGAGGCACCGAGCCUUCACCAGGACACGAUGAGGUUCCCGAGGCUGCGCCCAGCGGGUCGCCCAAAGCCCCGGCAGGGGCCGCGCCAGCUCCUGCCGACCUGCCUGCGCAACCGGUACCUCGCGUCAGGACCGCUGGCAGCGGGCGCUUCUUCAUGGGGUCCUGCCGCGUGGGCUGCAGCAGCCCUUCGCGAGAAUUCCGAGGGGAAGCUGCGCGACGUGGGCUCUCGCCUCCGUGAGCGCCUCUGCGAGGCGAAUGUUUGGGGGGCCUUGAGCUGUUUGGCCAGCGAGAUCACCGAACGGGCGCCGCGCGAGACGGGGGGCACGCCCGUGGGGGCGCGCUGGUUUCUGACUGUCGAGAGCGACGGCGCCGCCAAGACCAGGAUGUCUGUCGCCGGCUGGGUGCCCAUGGAGUGGGGGCCGCGCCUGUGGGUCCUGUGCGAUGGCCACAAGAUCGCUGGGAUUUCUCUUGCCCGCGUCGACGGCAUGGCCGUCGGCGUCGACGAGGACAGCGUCUACGCAAACCAGAGGCUCAAUGGGCUCAAGGGUUCCCGGAACGGGGGCGACGACGGCGCGAUCCAGCAGUUCUUCCAGAAGGCCGCCAAGAAGGUCACCAAGAUCGAGGGCUGGCAGAAGCCGCUCAAAGGAAUGCUGGAAGACGAGCUAGCACCUGCAGGAAAAACUGCCUGUCGAGCAGCCAGUGGUGGUCCACAGUACUUAGCCAGUCAGGCGAUGAGUUUCGUCGCGGCCGGCACGAGCAUCGCAGCGUCCUACCUGAAUGGGGCGAUCAACGCCACGUUUCAGAAGAUCAGCGAGAUCGUCCGAAACGCUCGCGAGGUUCAGAGUGGCAACAUGGCGGUUGAGGCGGCUAUUUGCUUGCGUUCAUCCUGCCUUGAGAUCCUGAUCGGCCAGGUGAACUUACGCGCUGCCCCUUCCAAGCUGCAGAAGACGACGGCCACCAUUGUCAUGGACUGCAAGGUCGACGUGCAGCCCUACGCUUUCACCACCAAAUCGCUGUUCGUCGGCCACCUGGACCACAACUAUGUGCGGUGGCAGGUCAUCGACACGCCGGGCAUCCUCGACCACCCGCUCGAGGACAGAAACACCAUCGAGAUGACAGCCAUCACCGCCCUGGCGCACCUGCCGGCGGCCGUCCUCUUCUUCGUGGACGUGUCCGAGAUGUGCGGCUACCCCAUCCCCAUUCAGGUAGCGCUCUUCCAUUCUAUCAAACCGCUGUUCAGGAACCGACCGCUGCUGAUCUGCCUCAACAAGACGGACCUGAAGAAGCUCAGCGAGCUGUCGGAGGAGGACCGGAAGCUCAUCGAGUCGAUGAAGGACGUGGACACGGACGGGGGGAACGUCCAGUUCUUCGAGACCUCGUGCGUGACGCGCGAGGGCGUGGAUGCCGCGCGGGGCAAGGCGUGCGACAUGCUGUUGGAGAAACGCGUGGGGCAGAAGCUGAAGCAGGGCAAGGCAGACACCCUGAGAAACCGCCUGCACAUCACCGGCACCGCGGCGCCCUCCAGCCGGCCGCCGUGCAUCCCGGCCGCCGUGCUGGCGCAGCGCAACGGGGAGCAGAUGGCUGUGGAUGCGGACGAGCGCGAG